AUGCUGGCCCUCCCGCUCCUUUUCUCCGUCAUGGCUGCUUCGGCUGUUGCCUCUCCCAUGCCCGCUACCCACGACUUCCUCCCCGCCCGCUACUUGCCCGUCACGCGUGCGGUCGAGAACCUCGGCAACGCCCUCCAGGGACGCCAGGCCGGCACCUGUCGGGCUGGCACUUCUGAGUGUGGUGCUGACGGGUGCUACCCCCUCGAUGGUUCCACCUGCUGUGGUGCCGAUGGCACCUACUGUGAACCCGGCCUCCGCUGCGAACCUGACGGAUGCUGCCCCUUCGGCAGGACAUGCACCGGUUCGGCGGGCACAAGGACUGUCUCCUUCACUGGUACUGAGACUAGUACCUCUACCGCUCUCUUCGGCGGCGUGUCUAAUGCCGCCGCGACCUCGGCGGGUGCUGGCUCGUCGGACACUGGCUCGUCGGGUACUGGCAGCUCCGGCACUGGCUCGUCUGGUACUGGCUCGUCUGGUACUGGCUCGUCUGGUACUGGCAGCUCCGGCACUGGCUCGUCCGGCACUGGCAGCUCCGGCACUGGCUCGUCCGGCACUGGCUCGUCCGGCACUGGCUCGUCCGGCACUGGUUCGUCCGGCACUGGCUCGUCCGGCACUGGUUCGGGUGUCAGUGGCUCCUCCGGCACUGGCUCGUCUGGCGCUGGCUCGGCUGUCAGUGUCGCUCCUGUCUCGGCUCCUACGGUGUCGGGGCCUCCCCCCGCCAUGGGCCCUACGUCUGGGGCUGGGACUGUUGCGAGCACUUGCGUCGCCGCGGUGGUGCUCGCAGCUGUUCUCGCCAUCGCCGCGUAA